ACAGUUUGAUGUCCCACAGUGCACCGCGGUUUCGUUACCCGGAUGUCAGCACACAUGGGCUGCCGACCAGUGGCUGUUUACAAUCUUCAUUUUCAAACUAAACUCAGUUUAAUUUGAACUAGAAGGUUAUCCGAUUUAUUAUGAAAGUAAAAGUUCUCUCGAGGAAUCCGGACGACUACGUCCGGGAAACCAAACUCGAUAUUCAGCGUGUCCCCAGAAACUAUGACCCUACACUUCACCCAUUUGAGGUGUGCAGAGAAUACACCCGGGCCCUUAAUGCCACCAAGCUGGAUAGGGUGUUUGCGAAACCUUUUCUGGCAUCAUUGGAUGGACACAGAGAUGGGGUGAACUGCAUGGCCAAGCACACCAGCAGCCUUUCCAUGCUGCUAUCUGGCUCGUGCGAUGGGGAGGUUAAAGUGUGGAACCUUGCCAAACGUGAAUGCAUACGCACACUCCAAGCCCAUGAAGGUUUUGUCCGGGGAAUUGUUGUACGCUUCUGUGGGACUUCCUUCUUCACGGUCGGUGAUGACAAAACAGUCAAACAAUGGAAAAUGGACACCCCGGGUUAUGGCGAAGCAGAGGAGCCAAUUAACACAAUAUUGGGCAAGACAGUCUUUACUGGGAUUGACCAUCACCGGGAGGAAGGUGUAUUUGCAACCUGUGGCCAGCAGGUGGACAUCUGGGAUGAGCAAAGAAGCAGCCCCAUCCGUUCUUUCACCUGGGGAGUAGACAGCUUCAGCGCUGUCCGUUUCAACCCUGUGGAGACUCAUCUUCUUGCAAGUUGUUCUUCAGACAGAAGCAUUGUGCUCUAUGACAUGAGAGAAGCAGCACCCCUUAAAAAGGUCAUCAUGACAAUGAGGAGCAACACAUUAUGCUGGAACCCAAUGGAGGCAUAUAACUUCACUUGUUGUAAUGAAGACUAUAAUCUUUACACAUAUGACAUGAGAUUCUUACACCAGCCGACCACAGUGCACUUGGACCACGUGUCUGCAGUGCUAGAUGUCGACUAUUCCCCCACUGGCAGAGAGUUUGUGUCUGCCAGUUUUGACAAGAGCAUCCGCAUCUUCCCCAAGGACAGAGGACAUAGUAGGGAGGUGUACCACACCAAACGUAUGCAGCACGUCAUCUGCAUAAAGUGGUCAGCAGAUAACCGCUACAUUUUGAGCGGGUCGGAUGAAAUGAAUAUCCGACUGUGGAAAGCAAAUGCAUCUGAGAAAUUGGGAGUGCUGCCCCCCCGGGAGGAGGCGGCCACCAACUACCGGCAAAAGCUGACAGAGAAGUACAAGGAGUUCCCGCAGAUCAGACGUAUCGCUCGUCACCGACAUCUCCCCAAGCCCCUCUUCCACGAGUCUAAGGAGCUGAGGAUAAUGAAGGAGGCUCGCCGCAAAAAGGAGCGGAAUGUCCGGAUGCACAGCAAACCAGGAAGUGUACCUGUGCUGUCUGAGAAGGAGAAACAUGUUGUGGCUGUGGUCCAAUGAAACAAAAUAUGCAAUCUGUGUAGGUGCAUCACACAUACACAAUGUGUGAUCAGACAACUAUCAAUUCACUUUAGUGGACACUUUUUUGUUGUUGAACAAGUCAAAUAUUCAUAUUCUGCUUUAAAAAAGUAAUUUUAUAAACUGUCCCUUUUAAAGUGAACAUCUUCCUAUCAGGGUACUGUUGAAAUAUGACAUCAAUAAAUGGAUGCUAUUUCAAACCUACAAAGAUGAAUAUGUAUGAUAGAGACCUCCUAGCAAAAAUAAAGAAAAUGCCAAAUGCCACAUAGUUUCACAAAUGUUUAACUGUCUACUGCUGUUAAGAUCUCAGUGAAUAAGUCUUUAAUUGAAUAAGAUAAUUUGUGAUUGGCCCCAUCUGUAAUUUAGCUGUAUUUGAUUUAAACCCUUCAGCUGCGUGUUGUUGGACACGGUACUAAUUUACUUAUGAGUCUUUAUAAGCUAUAUCCUCUAUCUUCUUAAUGUAGUCCUUUAAAUCCUCUCAACACUUACCUGAGCCAGCUUAAGGCCAGCGUACAGGUAUCAUGGCUCUUGUUUAGUCAAUGUAUCAAUCCAUCCAUCCAUCCAUUUUCUACCGCUUAUUCCCUUCGGGGUCGCGGGGGCGCUGGAGGCGCUGGAGCCUAUCUCAGCUACAAUCGGGCGGAAGGCGGGGUACACCCAGGACAAGUCGCCACCUCAUCACAGGGCCAACACACCAUUUACACUCACAUUCUCACACUAGGGCCCAUUUUAGUAUUGCCAAUCAACCUAUCCCCAGGUGCAUGUCUUUGGAGGUGGGAGAAAGCCGGAGUACCCGGAGGGAACCCACGCAGUCACGGGGAGAACAUGCAAACUCCACACAGAAAGAUCCCGAGCUCGGGAUUGAACUCAGGACUACUCAGGACCUUCGUAUUGUGAGGCACAUGCACUAACUCAAUGUAUCAAUGUCAUUUUAAAUACAGCAUCAAUUGAAUACGAUUUGAUUACCGGUAACCAUAUUUUGGAAGCAAAUGUUAAAAUGCCACUACUCACAAAAAGGUUGUUUAUUGGGUGAAAUUUCGGGAUAUUGAAUACAUGAUAACCUACAGGUGAAUUUGAUAUGACUUUUGAACAUUUGAACGCACAUGUCUAACUGACUUGUUCUCUAACAAGGAGCCUUGUUCUCUGACAAGGAGCUGAAGAGCAAGAUACAUAAGUUUGUGUGUGAGCCAUGAAUUGAUCAAUACAUUUCCGAGUUGAACUAAAUUUGGCAAUUCAAAAAUAAAUUUAAACAUCAUGCUGGUAAUAUUCUGACUUAAUGACUCUUAAAGACAACACCUAACACCUGAUCAACAGUACCUCACCAUAGAAAGGCUUCUAACAGAAUGCUCUGUGGCAAGUGGCCACUGAGCUUCAAGUGUAACAUUGUUAUGUCAAAUAGAUUUUAAAUUUAAAGAAAAAAAACUAAGAAUAGAAAAAAGUUAAUUGUCAAUUCUACUAAUACAGUAGUAUUUCAAUUUACGAGCUUAAUUGGUUCUUUGACGCAGCUCUCAACUCAAAACCCUCGUAUCUCAAAUCGUCUCCCAUUUGAAUUUACAUCAGAAACAGCACAGUUUUAACAUGUAACAUGCCUUUUAAAAAUAAAAAUUAAAUUGUAGAUAAGAAAUACAUUAUUGUAAAAAAAACAACAAUAUAAUUACUACAAACAACUACAGUAUCAAGUAUGGUAAUGUAAUAAUAAUGUACAACAUUUACCUCGGAGAGUGGACUUCUACGAUAUCUCCUCCACCGCCUGUCCAUCAAACAUCAGGAGCUCUUUGAUAUGUUCACUGAAAAUUGUCUGCCAUUUAAAUAUAAAAGUGCUGCGCUCGAAUUGCUUCAUCAAGUUGCCGACCCUCUGUCGUGUUUUUGACAAUUCCUUUCUCAAUAAAUAUCAUCC